AUGCGGGAUUUCACGAUAAAAGUACCUGCCUCUAGUGCUAAUAUAGGUCCAGGCUUUGAUGUUUUAGGAAUUGGGUUGAAUUUAUAUUUGGAGAUCCAUGUCCGAGUUGACUCGGCAAUAGAUACUUCAGUCGACACGCACAACGCCAAGCUAGCGUACGAGGGUGACAGUGCCGCCAAUGUGCCCCUUCAAAGUGAAAGAAACCUUGUGACGCAAACUGCGUUGUACGUGAUGCGCUGUAAUGGAAUCGAAAACUUCCCUCCGGGAACCCAGAUCUUUGUGAAAAAUCCAAUCCCGUUGGGUCGUGGAUUAGGGUCAUCUGGUGCGGCCAUUGUAGGUGGCGUGAUGUUGGGGAAUGAAGUUGGAGGAUUUAAUUUUUCCAAAGAACGUUUGCUUGACUAUUGUCUACUCAUUGAAAGACAUCCUGACAAUAUUGCGGCAGCUAUGUUGGGCGGGUUUGUUGGUUCAUAUCUCAAUGAGUUAUCUUCGGAGAACCAGGCAGCUAUAUCAGUUCCACUUGAAAACAUUCUACCCAAAAUACAUACGCCAAGGGCGAGCUACGAAAACAAUCCGCCUCCAAUCGCGAUUGGGCUGUACUUGAAAUACCAGUGGAACGAUAAGAUACGUUGCGUUACUAUAAUUCCAGAAUUUGAAGUCAAAACGGAUGACUCCAGAGCAGUUCUUCCUUUGUCCUACGAAAAGAAAGACAUUGUGUUUAACUUGCAAAGAUUAGCAGUUUUAACCACAGCUUUGACUUUGGACCCCCCCAAUCAUGGAAUGAUUUACGAAGCAAUGAAAGACAAGAUUCACCAGCCAUAUCGGGCUCAACUUAUUCCUGGACUUGACUCUGUCUUGAAGAAUGUGACAGCUGAAACUACGAAUGGUUUAUGUGGAAUUUGCUUGUCGGGAGCUGGACCUACCAUUCUAUGCUUGGCAACAGAUAAUUUUGAAGGAAUUGCUAACACAGUCAUUGAUAUUUUCGAGCAAAACAAUGUCAAAUGCACUUGGAAACUCUUAGAUUUGGCCUUUGAUGGGGCUGUGGUUGAUUGCUUGCUGGAAGCUUGA